AAUUGCGGGCAUCGUUCAUCUUGUCCACUAAAUUCUUUCAUUUUCCACCUUCCAAAACUUCCACCAUUAGUAGCUCCUAACAACAAGGAUCUCUAUUCUCUUUUUUAUUAAUUCUCACCACUCUCUUACCACCAUUAUUCUUACCUUCCUUCCUCUGCUUUCUUCUUACACAUUUCACAACAGGCCCCUCCUUUCUUUUCUGGCAAGAUGGCUAAUUCUGCAUCUGGAAUGGCUGUUCAUGAUGACUGUAAGCUGAAGUUUCAAGAACUAAAGGCGAAAAGAAGCUACCGGUUUAUUGUGUUCAAGAUCGAGGAAGGGAUUCAACAAGUGACUGUCGAAAAGCUAGGAAAACCUCAACAGAGCUACGAAGAUUUUACUGCUAGUUUGCCAGCCAAUGAGUGUCGAUAUGCUGUCUUUGAUUUCGAUUUCACAACUAAUGAGAAUGUUCAAAAGAGCAAAAUUUUCUUCAUUGCAUGGUCUCCUGAUACAUCAAGGGUGAGAAGUAAAAUGCUGUAUGCAAGUUCAAAAGACAGAUUUAGGAGAGAGCUUGAUGGGGUUCAAGUUGAAUUGCAAGCAACAGACCCAAGUGAGAUGAGCUUUGACAUUGUUCAAGGCAGAGCCCAUUAAGAACAUUAUCCUUCAAAAAGUUCAAUCUUGAUGCUUUGGAGGGGCCUCUCACAUUUAAUUAUUAUAUAUAUUACUAUGAAGAGCUCACUUAAAUUGCUAUUAGUAGAAUUGAAUUUUUAGAUUAUGAUGAUGGGUAGGGACUAGCUAAGGGACUAUAUAUAUCAUCCUUGUCCCACUUGCCAAUGUGAUUAUUUUACUGCCCCUUAAUUGGUUUUUACUGCUGGGGUGGAUUUCCUUUUUCUUUUUUUUCUUUUUUUUUUUUUUUUUUUUUUUUUUUUUUUUUUUUUUUUUUUGUAAUGCUUUAUUUAUUUUCCAAUAAACAAAUAGGAUGAAUUAUGUAUUUGUAUAGUUAUAUAAUUCAUUGGCAAUUGACCCAAAAAAAUUCCUUAAUUUUAUU